AUGGCUGAACAACCCGCUUCCGAGCUGGCUGCCAAUGCCCAGGCGAACAGUGCGGACGAGACGGACCUCGCCAGCAUCCUAGACCCAGCUCAACGUGCCGAUCUCACACUCCUCAUCGCCAACGUGACCGAGUCAAUGCGCAAAGUGAUUCUUGACAACUUCAGCUCAACAGCAGGGCUGGACAAGACGCUUCUUCGUGAAGGUAUGACCGAGGACGAGAAGAUGAUGGCGGUGGACCCAGCCAGCGUCGACGUCUCGGCCUAUGACCGCGAACGUAAAAUGAAGGUGGAAAUCGACAAGGAUCUGGCGACGUUGAAGAUGAAGAACCUCAAGAAAGAUUCUCUCAAGGCCUUUGACGAAUGGCGUGAGCAAGUCAUCCUGCGGGUUGGCCAAGUCGUCAACAGUGAACGCACUGCCCAGGAACAGAUUCGGAAGGGUGCCAAAGGUGCCUUUUCCAGGCCCCAAGUGCCAACGACCACCGGGAAAGUCAUGGAGGUUGGGUCUAGGGUUGUCAAUGUGAAAUUUAAAGACCUGUUCCCACCCACCAAAACUCCGUUGACGAAACUGCCUAUGGACAAGCGAACGCUGGUUCUUCAUUCUCUGCUGCUUCUGCUCCUGUCUCUGGAGCACUACACUGCCUACUCUCGGAUCCUGCUGCUCAAUUUGACGUCGUCACUGAAGCUCCCCCUGAAGACUUUUGAGCAGGACGAGUAUGCGACGGCCAAAGGCUUGCUCGAAGCAGCUAAAGAGCUGACCGCUGACGAGGAAAAGAUGAAGAAGAUCAAGGAGAAUGAAGAGACCCGGAAGUGGAGAGUCCGCUAUGCGACGGCGGCUGGGGCGGCAGUCCUCGGUGUCACGGGUGGGAUGGCCGCCCCUCUGGUGGCUGCAGGUGUCGGCUCCGUCAUGGGCGGACUCGGACUUGGUGCUACAUCCGCGGCCGCCUAUCUGGGCUCUGUGGCCGGCAGUGCCGUCCUCGUUGGUGGACUGUUUGGUGCAUAUGGUGGGCGUAUGACAGGCCAGAUGAUGGACUCGUAUGCGCGCCAAGUGGAAGACUUUCAGUUCCUGCCUGUCCAUGGCAGGAGCGACAAGAAGACCAGUGAGGACGAAGCUCAAGGUGCCCAAGAAGCCAGCGAACACGACCAUAAACUUCGCGUCACCCUGGGCAUCUCUGGUUGGUUGACGGAGAAAGAGGAAGUGGUCAAGCCGUGGCGUUCCUUGGGGACGGGCGCCGAAGUCUUUGCAUUGAAAUACGAACUGGAGGCGUUGCUGAACCUGGGAAAUGCCAUGAACGGCAUGGUCCAGUCGGCCGCUUGGGGGUACGCACAGAAGGAAAUCAUCUCGCGGACCAUCUUCGCAGAACUUGCUGCGGCGAUGUGGCCAAUGGCCUUGAUGAAGGUCGCCAGAGUCAUUGACAACCCCUUCAGUGUUGCCAAAAGCCGUGCCGACAAGGCAGGCGAGGUUCUGGCAGAUGCUCUGGUCAAUCGCGCCCAAGGUGAGCGACCCGUCACUCUCAUCGGCUACUCGCUUGGAGCCCGCGUCAUCUACACCUGUCUCAUGAACCUGGCGAAGAGAAAGGAGUUUGGGAUCGUUGAGAAUGCGGUGAUGAUCGGCUCGCCAACGCCCAGUGAUACCAGUGACUGGAGAAUCCUGCGCAGCGUCGUCGCUGGCAGGCUGGUCAAUGUCUUCUCUGUCAACGACUACGUCCUCGGAUUCAUGUACCGCACGUCAGCCAUCCAGUACGGCGUGGCUGGACUGCAGAAGGUGGAGGGUCUGAGCGCCGUCGAAAACUUUGAUGUCUCGGAGGAUAUCAGCAGCCACCAGCGCUACCGCUAUCUGAUCGGCGCAAUCCUCAAGAAAAUCGGGUUCGAGGAUAUCGACAUGGCCGCUGUGGAACGGGAACGACAGGAGCUGGUGGAGAUGGAAAAAGAGGAGGAGAAGCAGUCUGUUGCUGCUCGGAAAAGAUGGUUGAUGCGAAGGGAGUCUCAUGGCGGCAAGGUGGACGAGGCCGCCGAGGGAGAAGAAGAGGCCGAGGAGUUGGAAAAGAAGAUCCAAGAACAGACUCAGAAGAGCCUGGUGACCCGGGCGAUCGAGUAUUUCUACGUACCGAGCGUGCCAGCCGCGAAAGAUGCGCAGAAGAUUGUCGCCAACCUCCAACAGUCUGGACAAGAUCCCGGCCAGGUUGGCGAUGUUGCAGGUCAAACGGCCAAAGGUGCUCCAGCUGCGACAGAGAGCUAUGCCACCUAUAUCUACAAGCAUCUGCCGAGUAUGCCACAUAUAAGCCGCUCCAGUCCCAGCACGAUUCAGAGACCGGACGCUACCGACACCAGCAAAUUAACAGGCGAAGCAUCCAAAGGAGCAGAGGCAGCAACAAGCCAAACUCAAAGCUACGUCCAGCAGGCCUCGCAAUAUCUGCCUUCUCUGCCCAGCAUCACUUCUCUUCCAGGCGCCAGCAAGAGGAAAUCCCGUCCGCCCCCCAAGCUUGCGACAGCAAAGGCGACGGACUCUGCCAACAAGGCAGCCGAGACUACCACCACCGCUGCAAAAGGCACAGCAGGCACAGUAUCCGACGCGGUCGCACCGACUGUCAAAAACACACUGAAUCCCAAAGAUAAUCCGGCAGUACAGUCUACCAAACGAGCUACUCGUGAGGCCCCGAUAAUCCACCAGGCAAAAGAUCGCAUACCGGCUCCAGCCCGGGAGAGAACAGGUGAAGUAGCUGAAGCAACGGGCACGACGGUGCAGAAUACGGCUCAGACUGUGCAGACGGGGUUGGAUACUGCGACGGAGAAGGUGGGCGAGGCGGGCAAAGCAGCACAAGAGGUACCAGCAAUGGAUACAAAUACAAUGGGUGCUCCUGCCCAGAGUGCGACAAAGACAGGGCAGAGCUAUACGUCCAGAGCAGCGGCGUAUCUACCGAGCCUGCCGAGUAUUGGGUUUCGGGGCUCGACAAAGGGUGGGAAGAGACCACCGCCGCCGAAACUCGCAAAGAAGUCGUCCGAUCGCUCAAAGGAGAGUUUCACCACCAAGCCCGUACAAGAAAUACCGGGACUGGAGAAGAGACCGUCAGGAGUCAAGUCACCACCACCCAAGCUCGACCGAAUUCCAUCGGGUAUCAAGUCACCACCCGCUAAGCUCGACAGGAUUUCCUCUGGCGUCAAGUCACCAUCUCUCUCGAAAUUGAACAGAACUCCUUCUGGUGUGAAAUCUCCUCCAGCGAAACUCGAUCGUCCUCUGUCUGGGAUCAAGUCCCCCCAGCUUAACCUCGCCCCGUCCGGGUCAGGGGUUCCCACUCCGCCCACUUCAGUCCCGACACCGAGUCUCAUACGGCAAGUCAGCAGUGGCGUGCGAUCUCCGCCACCAAAGCUAGGACCGCGGAAGAGCUCCAGUCAACAAGUUCAAGUUCCCGCCGCCCCAACUCCUACAGCCAUCGGCGAGAGGCUGGCUAGUCUCUCUCAGGACGCCACGGCGGCGGCUAAGCGGGCUGGGAACGCUGCCACAAGCGCGAUGACGGGGGGCGCCAGACAAGGAGAGGAUUCCACAAAGGAUGCAGACGCGAAGAAUCAGAAAAGCUCCCAACACAUUUCAAGUCCGGUAGCCACGCCUUCUAUCCCUGAUUUGGGCACUACUCCUACAGCUGGUGUCAGUUCCACGUCGGGCAUUGCCUCAUCGGCCACAAAUGCAGCGGGCAAGGCAAGCGAGGCUGGGAGGAAGGCAGCAGACAAGGCUGUAAAGACCGGUGGUGGUCUGGUCUCGGGCCUAGGACGGACAGUCGGAUUAGGGAGAAGCUGA